CUGUCACAUAACCUCUAAAAAAAUCUAAACAUUUGCGGUGUUUAUGUUAUAGUCCUAUUAGUCUUUAGUUAAUUAAAUAAUAUUUCCAGUUUGUUCAUGUUUUUGUUGGACCGUUGCAUAAUGUUUUUAGUAAAUUUAUUAAAUUGUUUGAUAUAAAAAUCAUUGUUUAUUAAAUGCCUUCACUGAUUUCGUCUUGUGGUGAAAAUGAAUUUUUUCUAUUAUCAAGUAAUUUUAAUUGUUUUCCUGACUAUACAAAUUCAGGAUGUACUUAGCAUUUUACCAUUAAUUCCACUUGGUUAUGCGGGAGCAGGACUUGCAGGAAUGUAUGCUGGUUAUACCUUUUUAAAAUGUAAAGUCACAGAAUGUUGUAUUGAUGAAUAUAUUCCAGCCGAUAUUUGGCAUCUGGAUAGUAUGCUAAAAAAAGAGUUGUACGGACAGAAAAUUGCCCACGAGACAGUACUUAAUGCAAUUAGGGGGCAUUUGUCUCAUCUUCAUCCGAUAAAACCAUUGGCGAUGAGUUUUCAUGGAUUGCCAGGAAGUGGUAAAAAUUUCGUUGUUCGAAUGAUUGCAAAGGCUCUUUUCAAAAAGGGUGAGAAGAGCGAAUAUUUUCACUUUUAUAACGGACGGGAUGAUUUUCCCAAUGAACGAGAUAUCGAUAAAUAUAAGGCGGAUUUACGCCAGGAACUUGUCAGCAGUAUAAAUCAAUGUGAUAGGUCUUUGUUUGUAUUUGACGAGGUCGAUAAAAUGCCGGAGGGAGUUUUAAAUGCGUUAGUGCCAAUUCUCGAUUACACGAGUUACUUUAAAUUGGCAGGCGUCAACAAAAAUAAGGCAAUAUUCAUAUUUUUAUCAAACACUGGCAGUCAGCAAUUGGUGAGGCGUUUACUUGAAUUAUGGGAGAGUGGCAGGAAACGUGAGGACACAUCGCUUCAGGAUUUCGAGAAUUUAAUAACAAUUGGAGCAUUUAAUGAGAAGGGUGGAUUUCAUAAAAGUGAUACAAUUGAGACGAGUUUAAUUGAUCAUUAUGUGCCAUUUUUGCCACUUGAAGAAUCGCAUGUUAUUAAAUGUGUUCAACGGGCAUUUCAUGAUCGUCUCAUUGAGCCAACUGAAGAAAUGGUGAACGAGGUGAUGGAACAUGUGACAUUUGAUCCUCCACCUCAUAAUUUAUAUUCAAAAGCAGGCUGUAAACGAAUUGAGUCAAAAGUCGAUUUGGUUGUUAAUCAAAAGAGAAGAAAUUUUGAUCUUUGAUAAUAAUUUAUCGAAAGGAAAAAAAGAGGGGGGGGGGAUAUUUUAGACAUUGUAAACGAGAGUUCUAAUUUCGUUUCUAGUUUUCGUUGAAAAAUUCAUCAUGUGUGAAUGUGCUCUUUUUUUAUUGUGAUUCUUAAAUUUCGUUUUUUAUUUUGAAGAAUUAAAGGAAUCUCUAUGUUUAAAUAGAAUAUUAA